CUUCGUGCUAAAGUUCCGAGCAGCGCCUGGCUCUGCCGCCCGAGCCCCGCCGCUCCUCGCGCGCCAUGUCGGGCUCCUCCAGCGUGGCGGCCAUGAAGAAGGUGGUGCAGCAGCUGCGCCUGGAGGCCAGCGUGAGCCGCGUGAAGGUUUCUCAAGCCGCAGCAGACUUGAAGCAGUUCUGUCUGCAGAAUGCACAACAUGAUCCCCUACUGACAGGAGUGUCUUCAAGUACAAAUCCAUUCAGACCCCAGAAAGUCUGUUCAUUUUUGUAAUUUGGUGAACUAUCUUGGUCUCUUUCAGUGAUCUUCUAACACCUUUUCACAGCUGCUCUGUGUGGAGAGAAUGUGACUCAAGGAGUGCCUUGGUUUGAAGUCUGUACAAAGGCUUAGCCGUAACCAUGUGCCAAGUUAACUGUGUAAAUCACUACUGUUGUCAAACCUCUUACCAUCGACCUCUCCAAA